GAUACGAAACUAGUUUGUUUCCCUCUUUUCUGUUGUUGCAAACGCGAACCCUCACUCCUUCUUCUCCCAGCGGCUUGCGAGCUUCUACCGUUUGCUAUGGCUUCAACGGACAUCAGAGGCAUUUUGACAGCUUUCAAUCCUUCUCAAGACUUCUUCGCUAUCACCGCUGGAGACGGUCGCGUCAAGAUAUGGGACACGCUCAGCGGUCAGGUCCAGACCGAGUUCGCGGAUUUUGCGUCAACUCCUUCAACUACUUUACUCGAUAAAUCUGUUAACGGCCAUCUUGCGCUGGAUUAUACUUGCAUCAAGUGGUUAUCCUUCGAAAGAAAGAGGAAAAGGAAGCAUGCAUCCUCAUUGUUAGUGCUUGGAACUGGUAGUGGUGAUGUUUUAGCACUUGACGUAGCUGCUGGUCAAUUGAGUUGGAGAAUUAAUGAUUGUCAUCCAGGAGGUGUGAGAACCAUUGCAUCUUCUGCACACGGGUCAAGCAUAUAUACUGCUGGUGCAGAUGGGAUGGUAUGUGUCAUAGAUUUCAUGACAGGAAACCUGUUGGAGAAAUUUAAAGCUUCUACAAAGGCCGUGUCCUGCAUGUGUGUUUCUCCAGAUGGGAAGACGUUGGCUACUGCAGCAGCACAACUGAAGAUUUUUAAUUGUUCUAACCACAAAAAGAUUCAAAAGUUCUCUGGUCAUCCUGGAUCCGUUCGAUGCAUGGUUUUCACUGAAGAUGGCAAGUAUAUCCUCUCAUCUGCUGUUGGUGAAAGAUAUGUUGCUGUUUGGAGGAUAGAUAGUGCAAAAAAGCAGUCAGCUAGUUGUGUUCUUGCGAUGGAGCACCCUGCUGUCUUUCUUGAUAGCAGGUGCAUUGAUAGUGGGGAGCAUGAUGAGGCUGGCAUGUGUGUUUUGGCCAUCACAGAAACUGGUGUUUGUUAUUUAUGGUUUGGAAAUAGUAUUGAAGAACUACGUAAUGCAAAACCCACAAAAAUAUCAUUAUCUUUAGAAGACAUGUCCUCCAGAAAUUUCAAGGGAGCUCUGCCAGCUAUUUAUGCUGCAAAAUUGCAAGGCAUCCAGAAGCCAGCUUCUGGGCAGGUAUUUCUUGUUUAUGGUUUGCUUGUAAAACCAUCGUUUAGAAAAAUUAUAGUGCAUUCUGGUACGGAUGUAAAGUUGAAUGUCUCCCACGAUGGUGUUCUUCUUCCAAAGAAUCAAUCUCUUGUCAAAUCUAAGGGGUUAAAUACACAAACGGUUACUACACUAGAUCGAGCUAAUGCUGAGGAUGCCUUGCUUCCAAUUCCUAAGGUUUUCGAUUCUGAUGAGAAAGGGAAAGCAUUUCAAAAAUCUUCGGAUAGAACUAGUAAAGCUGAUUAUAUUGAGAUAAAAGAUGACAUGGCCCAAAGUCAGACUGAUGUAAUUUGCAUGGAGGACCGGCUGAGAUCACUAGGGAUUCUUCCCAGUGAAAGUGAAUAUGCAUCAAACAUUGAACUUUGCUCUACAUUGUUAAAGGCUAUUGAUCUGGAAGCUACUGUUCCGGUGAAAAAGAUGAGAGCGGCUGUUUUGUCUAUGGAGUCAAAUGAGGCAUUCAAGCUACUAGAAGUGUUACUGGCUGCAUGGCAAUCAAGGUCAUCUAGUGGAAAGUAUAUUCUUCCGUGGAUAUAUAGCAUAUUAGUGAAUCAUGGUCACAAUGUAACUGCUCAGGAAUCUGUGACGCAUACUCUUGAUUCCUUAGACAAGAUUACCAAAUCUAGAGGUGAUACUCUUCAGCAUUUGUUACAAUUAUCAGGUCGUCUACAACUGGUGACAUCACAGGUUGACAAGGCUUCUCAGACUAUAAGUCAUUCGGUGCAUGAACUUCCAGCUGAAGAAAAUGAAGCAGAAGAAAAGGUAGAAAAUGAAGAUGAAGAUGAAGAUGAAGAUGAAGAUGAAGAUGAAGAUGAAGAUGAAGAUGAAGAUGAAGAUAAAGAUGAAUAUUAUCACAAGGAAGAUGAUGCUUCUGAAAUAAGUACUGAUGAUGAAAGCUAGUUGGAAUUUUUUCUGAGAUUGGGUUCUGAGUUGUCUCUUUUGCGGCUGACAAAGAUAGAGGAAUAGAAGCUGUAUUUUCACCCUGCUUCUUGUUCACAAUUUUGUUGCUAUAUAGAUAGAUACUUCCUCAGAGAGAAUUUUUGGUGUUGUCUAGAUUUGUUAAAAAUGAUUCAGCCAUAAUUAUGUAAUUUGAGAAUUUUACUGAUAAGUAAAAAUAGAUAUAGCUCGGGCAUAUUUUGCUAAAUUCUUGAAGGCAUUCUCAAAACACUCCGAUUAAGAAAUUGUUU